UGCGCCCGGAGCGGCUUCGGCGAGAGAGGCAGUGGGCAGCGCUCUCUCCUCUCACCGCCUCCUCCUGCGGUGGCGGCGCGCGCGGGGACACCACACACACACAGAGACACGCACACACACACACACAGAUAUACACACAGAAACCCGCCCGCCCGCGCCACACACACACACACACACACAGACAGACAGACACACACACUCACAUACACGCGCCCGCGCCCCGGCCACGCGCGGGCACCCACGCACCCACCUACAUGCACACGCGCGCCCGCCGCCGCCCGCUGUCGCGCACACGCCCCGGGGGGAAGGAAGAAGCCGCGGCCGGCCACCCCGCAGCCCCGCGCCGAGCCCCCGCCGCCGCCUUUUGUCUGCAGCCCCCGCCGGGAGCCGGGCGUGGAUGUGGCGCUGCGGGAGCGGCGCGGGGCCCCGCCGCGGGGCGGAGGGGGAAGUUUGAAUUCGGCUUCUGAUCGCUUCCCUUGAACCCCGCUCCCUCGCCCUCUCCGGUGGCUUUGUGUGUUUUUUUUUUUUUUUUUUAAUUAUUAUUAUUAUUAUUUUCCUCCUCCUCGAUUUAAAUUUUUGAGCCCGCCGCGUGGGGUCGGAUCUCCUUUCUUUUCCUCUCCCCGCCUCCGCCCGCCGCCAUCCCCUCAGCCGCGAUGGAUCGCAGCGGCGGCGGCGGCGGCGGCUCCGGCGACCGCGGGCAGCGCGCAGAGGACGGCAGGGCGCUCCCCGCAGAACCGCCGCCGGGCCCCGAGGGCACCCGCCCCGCAGCCGCGCCGUGCCGCCGGGCCCUGCUGCACUGCAACGGCAUGAGGUACAAACUGCUGCAGGAGGGGGACAUCCAGGUGUGCGUCAUCCGGCACCCCCGGACGUUUCUCAGCAAGAUCCUCACCUCCAAGUUCCUGCGGCGGUGGGAGCCGCACCACUUGACCCUGGCGGACGGCGCCGUCGCUUCGGCCACGCCAACUGGGUACAUGGAAAACUCCAUUUCCUACAGUGCUAUUGAAGAUGUUCAACUGCUGUCCUGGGAGAAUGCCCCUAAGUACUGUUUACAGCUCACGAUCCCGGGGGGUACUGUCUUACUUCAGGCUGCAAACAGUUACCUGAGGGAUCAGUGGUUCCAUUCUUUGCAGUGGAAGAAGAAGAUAUACAAGUACAAGAAGGUGCUCAGCAACCCCAGCCGCUGGGAGGUGGUGCUGAAGGAGAUCAGGACACUGGUGGAUAUGGCGCUGACGUCUCCGCUUCAGGAUGAUUCAAUUCACCAAGCACCACUGGAGAUCGUCUCAAAACUGCUCUCAGAGAACAACAACUUAACCACUCAAGACCAUGAGAGCAUUAUUGUGGCAAUUGCACCUUUGCUGGAAAACAACCAUCCUCCUCCCGACCUCUGUGAAUUCUUCUGCAAGCACUGCCGAGAGCGCCCACGGUCAAUGGUUGUGAUAGAAGUGUUCACACCAGUGGUACAGCGGAUUCUCAAACACAACAUGGAUUUUGGGAAAUGCCCUCGAUUGCGUCUGUUUACUCAGGAGUACAUUCUGGCUUUGAAUGAGCUGAAUGCUGGAAUGGAGGUGGUGAAGAAGUUUAUUCAUAGCAUGCACGGUCCAACGGGACAAUGCCCCCAUCCUAGAGUUCUGCCAAAUCUUGUAGCUGUCUGCUUAGCAGCCAUUUAUUCAUGUUACGAAGAGUUUAUCAACAGUCGAGACAAUUCGCCAAGCCUGAAGGAAAUUCGGAAUGGCUGCCAGCAGCAAUGUGACCGAAAGCCUAAUCUCCCCCUCCGCCUUCUUCACACGAGUCCUGACCUGGUCUCUCAGGAGGCUACCUUGACUGAAUCCCGGCUCAAGCCAGUCAUUGUCACUUCAAAUGAGAUCCAUGUGGAAGUGGAGCACAACAACAAGGCUAAUCAGAAGAUGACAGCCAACGUGGGCAAUGACAGCGAGCCCAACCUGAUUGACUGCUUGAUGGUCAGUCCCACCUGCAGCACCAUGAGCAUUGAGCUGAGCGCCCAGGCAGACAGGAUCCUUGGCUGCUAUGUGGAAAUACUCAAGAUGCUGUCAGACUAUGAUGACUGGAGACCAGCCCUGGCCAGCUUGCUUCAACCUAUCCCAUUUCCCAAGGAGGCACUUGCACACGAGAAAUUCACAAAAGAGCUGAAAUACGUGAUUCAGAGAUUUGCAGAAGACCCAAGACAAGAAGUCCACUCAUGUUUGCUGAGUGUGCGGGCUGGCAAAGAUGGUUGGUUCCAGCUCUACAGCCCUGGAGGAGUGGCAUGUGAUGAUGAUGGAGAGCUGUUUGCCAGUAUGGUUCAUAUUCUAAUGGGAUCUUGCUAUAAAACAAAGAAGUUUCUGCUUUCGCUGGCUGAAAAUAAAUUAGGACCUUGCAUGCUGCUGGCCUUGAGGGGUAACCAGACGAUGGUAGAGAUUUUGUGUUUGAUGCUGGAAUACAACAUCAUCGAUAAUAAUGACACCCAGCUCCAGAUCAUCUCUACUCUGGAAAGCACAGACGUGGGAAAGAGAAUGUAUGAACAGCUGUGUGACAGGCAGAGGGAGUUAAAAGAGCUGCAAAGAAAAGGUGGUCCCACGAGGUUAACACUGCCAUCAAAGUCCACAGAUGCAGACCUGGCCCGCUUGUUAAGCUCGGGAUCUUUUGGAAAUUUGGAAAAUCUCAGCCUGGCCUUUACCAAUGUAACAAGUGCUUGUGCUGAGCACCUCAUUAAACUGCCUUCACUCAAGCAGCUGAACCUGUGGUCAACCCAGUUCGGAGACGCAGGGCUGCGGCUCCUGUCUGAACACCUCACGAUGCUGCAAGUGCUCAACCUGUGCGAGACGCCUGUCACGGAUGCUGGGCUGCUGGCCCUUAGUUCCAUGAAGAGCCUGUGUAGUUUAAACAUGAACAGCACCAAACUUUCAGCAGAUACCUAUGAAGAUCUCAAGGCCAAACUGCCCAACCUGAAAGAAGUGGACGUUCGUUACACCGAAGCCUGGUGAACUCUGCCUGCCUCCGACUCUCUUUUGCUUCUGAUGGGAAGGAAAAGAUUUUUAAAACAAACAAAAGAAAAAACAAACCGGAGAAAUAACUUUUUGGUUAAUUCCUGUAGAGCGGUUGAGCGCUGGGACGUGGUGGGAAGGUCGUGGUGUGAGGCGGAGGAGUUGUGUGUGUGUCGGGACAUAGCAGGCCUGGACCCGAAUCCUUGCAGCUUUGUGAUUUCGGAAUCAGCAUUAUUUAAAUUGAAAAGGAGAAAAUCUUUAAAAAAAAAAAAAAAAAAAAAAAAAGAAUUUAAAAAAAAAAAAAAGAAAGAAAAAUAAAAGGACUUUGUAGCAGCAGCAAAGAGGAUUAUAAAGAGGAAAAAAAAAACACCUUUGUGGAUUUUAUUUGCCUUUGUGUUUUAUGCCGUGUGGAGAAAAAAUAUAUAUAUAUUCAUUUGUCAUUAUUUACCUGGGUUUCCUUGGCUGGCACCCAUCCAGCUUGAACUCCUCUGUGACCAAUUUUGCUCCAGAAAAAUCAAACUUAACAAAAAUCUCCAGAGAAGAAAACCAAACGCGAUCUGAUUUCCAGCCCCUCGCCCCGUGUCCUCACAGUUGUUAUGCAAAGUAAUUUUGUUGUACAUAAGAUUUACAUAAUGCACCUAUUUAAGAAAAUGGUUCACAAAUAACAGGUCUGGGACCUGUCUUUUAUUUAUGAAUUGUUAAUUCUUUUACCCUUUUUUGCGUAUAGUACUGUAUAAACUAGUUUGCUGUCUUGUUGUUAUUAUUAUUUUUUUUAAAGGAAGCGUCCUUGAAGAAUUGCCUUUUAGUAACGCAGACUGUAUUAUAGCCCCUCUGUCACCACAUCCAUCGCUUGUCUUUUUGGUUUCCAAAUGUUAUCAAACAGGAAGGAAGAUGCCCACCUAGAGGAUGCUGUCGGGAGGGGCACAGGGAUUAAUAAAGUCAGCUUUCCUUCCCAAGUCCGCACCGCUCUCUUUAGUCCCUUGAACCCAGUCAGAUUUACACACAGUGCAGUGGGGAAAACCCCGCCGUUCCUUUUGCCGCUGAGGGACUCGCAGGACUCUGCUGACUUGACCGAACUCCGUCGUUUUCUGUUUGCGUCCAGUAUUUCAAAACUUGGAGAAAGCAAAGCUCUCCCUCCGUGCUGAGCAGCAGCGUUUCGCUCCGACGGUUUCCCCUCUCGUCCCGCUCCGCUCUGUGCGCUCAGCUCCGUGUGCUCCCAUCGCACGGCGCCACGAGGACCCACAGCUCCGACCCGUCUGCAGGUGGGACGGCCAAACCUUUGGGAUUUUCCUUCCAGUUCCUUAGAAGAUGAUUUUAUUUUGGUUUUUUUUAAAGGGGGUUUCUUUUAUAACGACGCUGUUGACUUUUGGGUUGUGUUUUUUUUGUUUUGUUUUGUUUUUGGGUUUUUUUUCAUACUGAGCCUUGGUUGUACAGAGCUGCUUAUUUAAAAAAGAAAAAAAAAAUCCCAAACACAGUUUUUUCCUCUGUUUAACACCUUUGUUUUAUUCUUCAGCACCUCAAGGUUUCACAUACAGCCAAUGUAAUUUUUUAUAUAUAAAUAUAUAUAUAUUUAAUCUUAUUCAAUGGAAGCCAAGCUUUUUUUUUUUUAAUUUUGUUGCUAUGUAGAUGAUGGCCCUUACCCAAAACUUACAUUGUUUUCCUUUUGUUUUUUUUCUUCUUUUUUUUUUUUUCCUUUUUUAAACAAAUGAAACAAAAAUUGAGUCUUAACUCACGUAGUGUCCCAGGUUUUUUUUUUUCCCCUUCAAAUCCCAAACUGUACGCAGAUACAGCAUGGGGAGAAAGAAGAAAAAAGGUAUCUAUAAAAAGGAAGAAAAAUGACGCCAACGUUUUCCUUAGCACUGUUGCUUUUACCAAUGGUUUACUACUACUGUUCUGUAGCUGUGUACAAAGAGAUGUGAAAUAAUUUCAGGCGAAAAUAAACUGUAAGCGACUAUCUUUUA